GGCGGCGGCUGCGGUGGCGGCGGCCGCGGCGAGCGGGGCGGGGGCGCGGGGCGCGGCGCUCCGAGUCCGCCCGCGGCCGGAGGCGGCUGGGCGGUCCGGGGCCGGGCCGGGAGCCGCCAGGAGCGCGGGCAGCGCCGCCGGAGCCCGCCGCCCGGGCCAUGGCCAAGGCGGACCGUGCAGGUGGCCCUCCCCCGGGCGGUGGUGCCCCCUGGCACCUUCAAAAUGUCCUCAGCGACUCAGUGGAGAGCUCUGAUGAUGAAUUCUUUGAUGCUAGAGAGGAGGUGGCUGAAGGAAAGAACGCCAUCCUCAUCGGGAUGAGCCAGUGGAAUUCAAAUGACCUGGUGGAGCAGAUCGAGACCAUGGGGAAACUGGAGGAGCAUCAAGGAGAAGGCAGCACGCCGUGCACAUCCAGCAUCCUCCAGGAGAAGCAGCGAGAGCUGUACCGGGUUUCCUUGAGGAGGCAGAGGUUCCCAGCCCAGGGGAGCAUCGAGAUCCACGAAGACAGUGAGGAAGGCUGCCCACAGCGCUCCUGCAAGACGCACGUCCUCCUGCUGGUGCUGCACGGGGGGAACAUCCUGGACACGGGCUCAGGGGACCCAUCCUGCAAGGUGGCCGACAUCCACACCUUCAGCUCUGUGCUGGAGAAGGUCAUGCGUGCCCACUUCCCCGCCGCCCUGGGCCACAUCCUCAUCAAAUUCGUCUCCUGUCCUGCCAUCUGCUCAGAGGCUUUCUCACUCGUCUCCAACCUGAACCCCUACAGCCACGAUGCGGGCUGUCUCAGCAACAGCCAGGACCACGUCCCUCUGGCGGCCCUGCCCCUGUUGGCCAUCUCCUCCCCGCAGUACCAGGAUGCGGUCGCCACUGUCAUCGAGCGAGCCAACCAGGUGUACGCGGAGUUCCUCAAGUCCCCUGAUGGGAUUGGCUUCAGUGGGCAGGUGUGUCUCAUCGGGGACUGUGUGGGGGGCCUCCUGGCCUUCGACGCCAUCUGCUACAGCUCGGGACCCUUGGGCGACAGCCCUGGCAGCAGCAGCCGGAAGGGGAGCAUCAGCAGCACCCAGGACACCCCGGUCGUGGUGGAGGAGGAGUGUGGUCUGGCCGGCAGCAAGCGGCUCAGCAAAAGCAGCAUCGAUGUCUCCAGCGUGUUGGAGGACGAGGAGCCCAAGAGGACUUUGCCUCGGAAACAGAGCGAUUCCUCCACCUAUGACUGCGAGGCCAUUACCCAGCAUCAUGCCUUCCUAUCAAGCAUCCACUCCAGCGUGCUGAAGGACGAGGCCGAGCCGCCUGCAGCCGGGGGGCCCCAGCUCCCUGAGGUCAGCCUGGGGCGCCUGGAUUUCGACGUGUCCGACUUCUUCCUCUUUGGCUCGCCCCUGGGCCUGGUCCUGGCCAUGCGGAGGACUGUGCUGCCCGGGCUGGACGGUUUCCAGAUCCGUCCUGCCUGCAGUCAGGUCUACAGCUUCUUCCACUGCGCAGACCCCUCUGCCUCCCGGCUUGAGCCACUGCUGGAGCCCAAGUUCCACCUGGUGCCGCCUGUCAGCGUGCCCCGCUACCAGAGGUUCCCACUGGGCGAUGGAAAGUCCCUCCUCCUUGCUGAUGCCCUGCACACCCACAGCUCCCUCUUCCUGGAGGGCAGCUCCCGGGGCAGCCCCCCACUUCUGGAUGCCCCCACCUCGCCCCCUCCGGCCCCGAGGUCCCAGCGUCUGGGGCGGAGGAUGAGCCAAGGCAGCUCCCACAGCGAAAGCUCGGAGUCCUCUGACAGCCUGGCCCCCGUGGGCGCCUCCCGCAUCACAGCCAAGUGGUGGGGCGCCAAGCGCAUCGACUACGCCCUGUACUGUCCCGACGUCCUCACAGCCUUCCCCACCGUGGCCCUGCCCCACCUCUUCCACGCCAGCUACUGGGAGUCCACAGAUGUGGUGGCCUUCAUCCUGAGACAGGUGAUGCGCUACGAGAGCGUGAACGUCAAGGAGAGUGCUGGCGUGGACCCCGCGGCCCUGAGCCCCGCCAACCCUCGCGAGAAGUGGCUUCGUAAGAGGACCCAGGUCAAGCUGCGGAAUGUCACUGCCAACCACCGGGCCAAUGAUGUGAUUGCUGCCGAAGACGGCCCCCAGGUCCUGGUGGGGCGGUUCAUGUACGGGCCCCUCGACAUGGUGGCUCUGACCGGAGAGAAGGUGGACAUCCUGGUGAUGGCAGAGCCGUCCUCCGGCCGCUGGGUUCACCUGGACACGGAGAUCACCAACAGCAGUGGCCGGAUCACAUACAGCGUGCCGCGGCCCCGGCGCCUGGGGGUCGGCGUCUACCCUGUGAAGAUGGUCGUCAGGGGGGACCAGACCUGCGCGAUGAGCUACCUCACGGUGCUGCCCCGGGGCAUGGAGUGCGUCGUCUUUAGCAUCGACGGCUCCUUUGCGGCCAGUGUGUCCAUCAUGGGAAGUGACCCCAAGGUCCGGCCGGGGGCAGUGGACGUUGUCCGGCACUGGCAGGACCUCGGCUACAUGAUCCUCUACAUCACGGGGCGGCCGGACAUGCAGAAGCAGCGGGUGGUGUCAUGGCUGUCCCAGCACAACUUCCCACAGGGCAUGAUCUUCUUCUCGGACGGGCUGGUGCACGACCCGCUGCGGCAGAAGGCCAUCUUCCUGCGCAACCUCGUGCAGGAGUGCUUCAUCAAAAUCAGCGCGGCCUAUGGCUCCACGAAGGACAUCUCAGUGUACAGUGUGCUGGGCCUGCCACCCUCCCAGAUCUUCAUUGUGGGACGGCCCACCAAGAAGUACCAAACCCAGUGCCAGUUCCUGAGCGAGGGCUACGCCGCGCACUUGGCCGCGCUGGAGGCCGGCCACCGCUCGCGCCCCAAGAAGAACAGCUCGCGCAUGAUCCUGCGCAAGGGCAGCUUCGGCCUCCACGCGCAGCCCGAGUUCCUGCGGAAGCGCAACCACCUGCGCCGGACCAUGUCGGUGCAGCAGCCCGACCCGCCCGCCAACCCCAAGCCCGAGCGGGCCCAGAGCCAGCCCGAGUCUGACAAGGACCACGAGCGGCCCCUGCCUGCGCUCAGCUGGGCACGCGGGCCCCCCAAGUUCGAGUCGGUGCCCUGAGGGCCAGGCUGUGCGCAGAGCAGGGGGCGCGCCCCCGGGCUGCCUGUGGAACGGGAGAGGCUGCCUUCUCCCCGGCAGACACAGGCCUUUUCCUGCUUUUUCCCUCCCGUGUCUGUCCAGCAGUGUCCGAUCAGCUGGGGGGAGGGACCCUGCCCGGCCGUGGGGGCUCCCGCGGGCUGUGAGGGGAUGAGAUCCAGGGGUCUCAGUGCAGCCGCCGCUGCUCCCCCACGCCUGCAAAGCAAGCCCCAGUCAGGGUUGAUGUUUGUGUGACCCUGGGGGCAGGCCUGCCCGGAGCUGGAGUGUGGACAGAGUCGACCAUCUUUCUGAGUUCUCCAGGUGUCCGUGGCCAUGCCAUCAGGCCCUAAGGGGAGAAGCCCCCAGACCAGGAAUCAACAGCCGCCGGCAGGCACAGCUUCUUGGCUGUCUGCUGGAGGGGCGAGUGGCAUUUGGGUCCGCCCUCCCUGUGGCAUCCUGAGUCACCAUCUUGGGCCUGGCUUUCCUGUGGCGAAGUGGCCACUUUCUGGGAGUGAGCGGAUGUCCCCGGGCCUCAUCCUGUGUCUGAGUUGCCUGUCCAGGGCCCUUGGGAGGCGGGGUCUGGUGCUGACGGCCUGUCCUCCCGCAGCUGUCCAUGGUCCCCCGUUUCUUGCCCUCAGUAUCCUCGCCUCUCUCCCGCGGCCCUCAAGGACAGUCAUUUCUCUUCCCAGAGUCCUGCCUGGUGCCCUCCCCUGUGAGGCUGUGGCCUUGGGCUCUGGCCUAGCUGGGCUUGCCCUCUCUGGGCCUGGCCUUCUUUCCAUAAUCGGAAAGGGUCUCCCCAGCUGAGAUUGCUGAGUGUUUGGACUCCUAGGCUGUCCUGCACUUCUGCCCUCUGAGGCUUUUCAGGCCUAAGCGCCCCUCAGAGUGCCCAGGGAUCUAUCCCUUCCCCGCAGACUGCGAGGGGGGCUCUGGGGUGGGGCCCAGGAGGGUGCCUCAAUUGCCCCACCACUUCCAAGGCAGCCCCUUUGUGUGGGGGUGGCUGGAAAGGGGUCCCGGCUCCAUGGAGGGGUUUGCUUUGCACUGAUGCCCAAACCUAGUGUCCCAGGGACAGAGACAUCCCCACCCCAUCCCCCGCCCCAGCUCUGCUCAGAGUGAUUUCUCCCUUUGGCUCCUGGAAGUCCUACAGCUGAGACCGCAGUGCUCUGGGCUUUCAUGUCAUUUUGGCUCAAACUGUUGUGUUCUCGUCCCGUCCCCCUGCCACUCAGCUUGGCUUGGUGCCCAUAACCUCAUCUUGGGUUGUCCCUUGAGGUAGGAAGGGUUUGGCUCUCCUGGGGCCCCCAAAUUCUGCCCAGGCCUUCCUGCUGCUGAGCCCCCUGGCCUGGGCAUUGGUUUCCUGCUCUUCCUCCACCCCGGGCCCAGACCUACCCCCAUGGAGUUGGGCUGCCCCGGCCAUCUCUGUGCUCCCAGGGCUGUCACUGAGGCCGGUCCAGCUUUUUCAGCAGGGGCUUUGUGUCAGGGGUGGGCUGCCCCAGAGCCCAGAUGUCUGGAUCUACAGCAGGCACCUGUGUCAGCUCAGUGUUGCUUCUGCUCACUGUCUACCUCUAGCAGCUCCCAUGUGGCCAAUGUCCUACCCGAUGGCGGCUGCUGGUGGGGGCGGCUGGCACUGCUAUUGCGAAUUACAGCGCAAACUCGGGGCCCUGCUGGGGCUGGCGGGGGUGGAGGGGAGAGAAGGGGGGGUGUCUAGCCCCCACCCCUGCUCUCUACUAGAACUGUGUCUUCUCCAGCCUGCCAGCUCCUGCCACAUGCGCCUGACCUGUCUGCCAGCUCCAGCUCCACUCCCAGCGCCGCAUCUGCACCUGAGCUCAGAGCUACUGGCACAUCUGUUGGGGAGGGCGGGUCACCCUCAGCUUCCUCUCUGGUCCUGCCUCCUGGCGGUUCCCAACAGGGCCAUCCGUCCUUAAACAUUUCCUCUGUUGGGCUCUCCAUCUGGCACCAGUUGGCAGGGCACAGCCCCUCAACACCAACCUUUUCCCUCCUUUCUGAACUAGACCUGAUUUGAACUUGGGUGGACUCAAGUUUGGGUCUCUGAAACUCCAUCUCCUUUUUGCAGGAGCCACUGAUAUAUUACUCUCAAGUGAUGAAAUAACUCGCAUGAGAUACUCCUGCUGUUAGAGUCCCUCUGCCCUUUCUGAGAACCCCAAGCUGGGAGCAAGAGAGCAUGCAGAGACCCUGGGGAAUUUGGAGUCUGGAGGAGCAGUGUUCUGGGGUUGGGAGGUGGUCAGAGCUGGGGCCCUCACCCCUUCCCUUCUGGAGCUCCGGACUGGGGCUCUGACGCCUGGCACCUGAGAUGCGGAAGGUAUAGUGAGGUAUGUGAACACAGCGCCCUGGGAGCUCGGGUGGGUGGGUGUGAUUGUGUGUACGUGGGGUUCUAUACAGUGAUCAGACGCAACUUGUUUCAGUACUGCUUUCACGGCAACUCUGUAACCAACAUGCACUUUCUCUGCUAGUGGUUCCUUUGACUUUGUCCGUCCAAUUAAGUUGGAAAAAAACAAAGACCCAACUUGUGUUGUUCUCUGGAGGGGGUGUCGCCGCCUCUCCUCGAGCAGUUCUGUGACCCUCAUUCUGGCUGUUUUCUAGAGACUCCUUCCAGCUCCCGGCGUGCCUGCUCCCCAGGAGCUGGAGAACAGAUCUUCCCGCUCCAAAGCUCCUUGUUUCUUGUGUGGCAUGUUUGUUCUUCCCAAUCCGAUGGCUGUGCCAACAGAGGGCCCACCUGCUGCCUCCCCCUAACUUCACCCUUUUGGGGGUUCAGGGUGCAUCUGUAGCCAGGGCCUGCUCUUCUGGCCUUGUGGCAUUUUUCUAAUGAUCUUCACUCCUCUCUUAGGCUCCGCAGCAGAUAUAUUUAAAAAAAAAAAAAAAGAGUAAGACUCUUUCAUGCAUUUGGAUGAAUGGCCCUCUGGUCUGGGGGCUGGCCCGAAGAAAAACGCAUUUGCACCCCAGUCUUCCAGACAUGACUGGGGGAGGGGUGGGCCCUUUGAAAGAGGGGAGGCAGGAUCUCAUGGUUUUCUAAACUGUACUUUUACCACUUGGGAGCCCAGACCUGCACCUCGGAAGUGUCCCGCAGACAAAUCACAGCGCGAAUUAUUAAAGGACUACUUCCCCCGCCCCACCCGAGGCAGGUGGAAAUGGGUCCUGAGCGGUGCCCGCGGUUUGGCAGGGACACUCCCACCCAGCCCAGGGGCAGCCCCGCCCGGGAGGGGCGCCCUGCCUGCGGAGCCUGCGGCUUGACCCCGCCUUAAAUAAUCAACUUUCCUGCCGAAUCCCCCCGGGGGGGGGGGGGGUUCUGGGUGCCAAGUGCUCUGGAAACCCAUUCUCGUUGGCACAGCCAAACAACACCUCCCCUCCCCCUCCCCCUCGGGCUUGGGGGAACCUUCUUAAAAAUCCCAAGUAGGGUUAAGUCCAAGCAGGGAGGCCCGGCCUGGGUCCUUGUUCCUUUGCUGAAAAAACCAACAGGGUGGUUGGGAAGAAAACAAACAAACAAAAAAUCAGGAGUUGACCCCACCCUCCAGGGCACAAGGAGAGGCAGGUGACACCAAGGAGGGGUGGGACAGAAGGGCGGCUCGCUCGUAGGGACGCCCACCCGCGGACCCCGCUGUCCUUUUCUGUUUGUUUCCUCAGUGGUGGCAGCCCGUCUGACCUCGUCUGUCUGACUGUCCCGAAGUGUGUCACUCUCAGUACUAUUCGUGGUGGCUGGUUCUGUGGUGAAAAAGGUUUAUUCUUUCUCAUGGCGGCCUUGUACAAAAUCCGUUAGAAAAGAAAAUGUAAAAUAGCAGAUUUCUAACAAGACAAAAAACAGCAUUACGGAGUUCAAAGAUUUUUACAAUUGGUCUUGAUUUUGAUGUGAGCUGGUUUUUAACUCUCUCAAACGUUGUCACUUAAAUAAAAACCCUAUUUGCCUUUAAAA